AUGGCAAUGUCGCAAGAGAGUGUUCGGGACUCGGUCUUCCUGCAGCACAGUGCCACGACGUUCGAUGCAUCACUUCUGGAGACGUUUGCUCCGCUCUCGAACGGAGCGAGCGUGGACUUCUUCAUGCAGACGCCGGACAAAAUCCCAGAUUACCUGCGCCUGCGCCGCGUGUCCCAUGCGUUCUUCACCACAAAACUGUUCGAACUGCUGGUUGAGCACUUCAAUUGCAACCUUACGCGCAUUUUCUACGGUGGCGAGGCCAUGAUGAUCGCUCGAGCGUUGGAGUUCCACCGUCUGUAUGCGAGCAAGGGGAUCACCCUCAUCCACGCCUAUGGCCCCACAGAAAAUGGUGUGUUCAGCACGACUCUCAAUUUGACCGAGAAAUUAGCGAGGGGGUCCUCCGGCGACUACCUGAACAACAACAUCGGCACGGUUUGA